UUUGGUCUUUCAGAUUUUCUUUUCCUGAUCCGUGAUUCUUUGUAUAAGAUUCCAUAGCUCUGAUAUUCUUCAAUUAAAUAUGGAACUUCUGGUUGCUAUUUUUUAAAGUGAAAAUUCCUCCAAAUCUGUUCAAAGUUUGAGAUUUUUCCCAUGUUUUGAGACAGAAAAGGGAAUUAAAAGUUGUGGGAUUUGGCAGUGAACUAUGAUUAUGAUCUGGGUAAUUGACCAGCUGCUGUUGAGUUCCAUUUAUUCUGCAGAUUUUGUAAGCUUGUAUGUGUUUGUAUUAUGAUUGGUGUAUUUCAAAGGGGCAGUAGAGAAGAUUGUUAGAAUUUGGAAAUUUUGAUGAUGAUAGUUCACAAAUGGAACCCAAAUCGCCUUCAAAGGUUAAGCUCUCAGUCAUGGGAUUCAAACGAUGGAAACGGGUCUUGAAAGUUUUCACUUUCGGCUUUCUCAUUCUGUUAUCCUGUAUUGGUGUUUACUUAGCAUUUAAUUUUGUGAAGGCUUGGAAUGUAUUAGAGAGUUCAUAUUAUACUGUUGUGGUGGACUGUGGAAGCACUGGAACACGAGUGAAUGUAUUUGAGUGGGAAAAAGGAGGUUUGGUUAAUCAGGGCCUGCCUUAUUUGGUGCAUUCUUAUCCAGAUUAUUCGACCAAGAGUCCACUUUGGAGAAAUUCUUGCCACUACCAUUGUAUGCAGACUGAGCCUGGUUUAGAUAAAUUUGUUGGUAAUGCUUCAGGAGUGAGGGCAUCUUUAGAACCAUUGAUUGCAUGGGCAGAACAGAUGGUACCUCAUGAAAGGCAUGGAGAUACUCCUAUAAUUGUUUUAGCUACUGCUGGGCUGAGGAGGUUGGCUGCCGAGGAUGCUAGGCAGGUUUUGGAUGAUGUGGAGAUUGUUGUAAGGGGACAUUCUUUUGUGUAUAGUAAGAACUGGAUAAGGGUUUUGACUGGGAAAGAAGAGGCAUACUAUGGUUGGGUUGCUCUGAACUAUAAACUGGGUAGCCUUGGAAAUUCAUUGAAAGCAUCUACCUUUGGACUUCUUGAUCUAGGAGGUUCAUCAUUGCAGGUUGUGGUUGAAGUAGCUGAAGAGAACGGCAAUGAAAAUGUCAUGACAUCAAAUAUUGGUUCAACAGAUCAUAACAUUUUAGCAUAUUCAUUACCAGCAUUUGGUUUGACUGAGGCAUUUGAUCGGACAGUGGUCAUGCUCAGUCAAAAUCAAACAGACAGGGGAAAUACCACUAACAGAUUUGAACUCAGACACCCUUGUCUAAGUUCUGAUUUUGUGCAAAAUUAUACUUGCUCUGGUUGCGCUAUGCCAAAUGUAACUGAUCUUGAAAAUUCUGAAAGUCUGAUGUAUAAAUCUCAAUUUUCUUUGACAUAUUUAGUUGGAGACCCAAAUUGGGAGCAAUGCAAGGAACUUGUGAGGGCGGCUGCAAUGAACUACAGCGGUUCAGAUUGGUCACAUCAAAUAGUUGGUAGAAACUGUGAAGCAAAUUCAUCUCCUUAUGGUGGUAGCAAUAUGCUAAAUUUGACGGCUGUUGCCCAUCACAGUGGACGCUUUCAUGCUUUAUCUGGGUUUUUUGUUGUUAACGACAUGUUACACUUGAGCCCAAGGGCCAGUGUGACUGAGAUUUGGGAGAAAGGUGAGCAGUUAUGUUCAAGAUCUUCGACUGAGUUGAGCAGCAUUUCCCAAAGACAAACUUAUGCUGGACAAUCGUGUUUCCGGGUGCCUUAUGUGGCAUCACUUAUUGAAGAUUCUCUGUGCCUCGGCAAUGGAGAGAUAGUGUUUGGCCCAGGGGAUGUUUCUUGGACAUUGGGAGCUGCACUAAUCCAUGGGCUAGAUAGUAUUGAAACUCCUGCCAGCAUUUCAACUACAAAAGACAUGGAUAUCUUCUCAUCCCCUGUUUUCCUUUUUGUUCUACUUCUCUUCCUUUUGUUUGUUGUUUAUUGCAGCCAAAUCACGCUACCUAUGCUGGGCAGGAAAGUUGCAGAUGUUGGUGUAUCUUUGCCAUCUUAUGUUCAUCCAAGACGCCGACAAACUUGAUCUUUGGCACAGAAGUUAAGUAAUUGGUCUAGUUAGUUUGGUUGUACAACCAAAAUUCAUUCAUUCAUUAGUUAGGUUAGAAAAUUCUUUGAACAAACUGCUCUAUAAGUUGGAAAAGAUUCUGACAUGAUAAAUCAAAUUUGUUUAAUAGGUUUGGGUUCCAAAAAUGCCCAUUAUAUUGCUAUAAUUUUGAGGUUCAGGUUCCUUUGCCCUCCUUUUCUUGCUUUAGCUAUUUUUACCAUCUUGAGUUGUAAUCUUGUAUUGAACUUUUUCUUGGCAAGCUUAUUAUUAUGUUAAACUAA